GCCCUUUAUCAACUCUCCUUCUCUCUUCUUUUUCUUUUCACUUUUGUUUUUUCCCCUUCUUUGAAUGGUUUUAUUUGCAGACAUGGCUAUGGAGUUGAUGCUUAGUUACAGAAACAACAACAAUGGUUUCUCAUCAAAAAUGGAAGAAACCGCCGUUCAAGAAGCCGCUUCUGGUCUCGAAAGUGUCGAGAAACUCAUUAAAUUACUCUCCCAAACCCAACAAAAUUACACCUCCAAUAAUCAAGAAAAAAAGUUCCAAUCUUCUCCGACGAGAUCCUCCAUGGAUUUAGAAAUGGACUGUAAAGUCACCGCCCACGCCGCCGUUUCUAAGUUCAAGAAAGUCAUCUCUCUUUUGGGUCGAACCAGGACCGGCCAUGCUCGUUUUAGAAGAGCCCCUUUACCACCACCACCAACAACCACCGUUACAGAGCAUGAAACCAAGGUUUAUCAACCAACUCCGAUUCAACAGAUCCCACUGCCGGUGACCACUUAUUUAGAAAGAAAAGAUUCACCAACAACAACCAUCAAUUUUUCGUAUUCAUCAACAACAACGACUACUGAUAAUAACAGUAAUAAACAACCAUCUUCAUCAGCGUUUCAAAUUAGUAACCUUUCCUCCGCUGGUAAACCACCAUUGUCGUCUUCUUUGAAGAGAAAGUGUAGUAUUGAGAACUUGGGUUCUGGGAUUAAAUGCAAUAGCUCUUCUUGUCGUUGUCAUUGCUCUACUAAAAAAAGAAAACAGAGGACGAAAAGGGUGGUAAGGGUUCCUGCGAUAAGCUUGAAAAUGGCUGAUAUUCCACCGGAUGAUUAUUCAUGGAGAAAAUAUGGUCAAAAACCAAUCAAGGGUUCACCACAUCCAAGGGGAUACUAUAAGUGCAGUAGCGUAAGAGGAUGUCCUGCUAGAAAACAUGUGGAAAGAGCUUUAGAUGAUGCUUCAAUGCUAAUAGUUACAUAUGAAGGUGAUCAUAGCCAUUCUCUAUCUGUUGCAGAAACCACCAUACUUGAAUCUUCAUAGAUGAACAAUAUUUUUUUCUAUUAUUAAUGUUGAUUUUAGUGUUUAUGUUCGGGAUUCGAGGAUAUUAUCAAAUCUGCUCGUUUAUUUCCUUGUAAAUUAUAUGCUUUGUGCUUUCUUUAAUUGAAAGACCAUUUGAGAUCAAAAGGGAAGAAAAAGGUGUUAGAUUUGGUAUUAGAUUUUGCACUUAUUGAGGGAUUGAAAAUUCAAUUCCAAAUUAAAGUUUCCAAUGCCACCUUUUGUUGUUUUUUCUAA